AUGUAUUCUGCGUGCAAAAAUCGGUUUCUCAGACCAGGUUGCAUUUUACUUUUUGUCGAUAGUGAUAAUAUAGCUGAUUACAGGAAGACUGAUUUUCACGGGUUCAAAACAACAGUGACUCUAAAGGGUACCCUCACGUCCUCAAGUCCGAUGUUAAGUUGGUACCCGUGGGUCCCUAUAUACUAUAUGAUGGAGAUGCUCUUGGAUCCUAACAUACUGUACUACGGGAAUAUUCUUGGGCCAUCAAGUGCUAUACUAUGGGGGUGUCCGUGGAUCUUCAAGUCCUAUAUUCUGGGGGUACCUUGGGGUCCUCAAGUCCUAUACGAUGGGGGUACUCCCGGGUCCUCACGUCCCAUAUUCCGGGGCUAUCCAUGGGUCCUUAGAAAGUAUAUUACGGAUGUAUUCUUGGGUCUUCAAGUCCUACUAUAG